GGUUAGGUGGCCUUCGCACGCCACCACCUGCACGGCGACGACGACUUGCUCCCCCUCCCCUCUCCCUCUCUCGAUGCCUGCGUCGCAGCAACCGGAUCGACGUGAUAGUAUAAAGGAUUAUAUAUGUUAUAUAUGCAUAUCUUUGCUGAUAAAUGAAGGGAACGGGACGGAGCGGAGAGUUGACCCUGCGGGCGCCGCGCUAGCUAGCUGCCAGUUGUUUGCAGCGAGCUUCGUCGUGGAUGCAAAAAGUCGCAGCCUGCCCCAUGGUUGCCGACCACCACCACCACCACCACCACUCGGACGCAGCGGCGGCGGCGGCGGUGAUGGAGGAGGCCGGGAGGAAGGUGGAGAGGGAAGACCAGCAGCGCGGGAGGGGGAGCGGGAGGGUGGCGGCCGUUGUUGGUGCCAGCGGUGGCGGUGCCGGCGAGAUCGAGAUAGAGAUGGCGGCCGCCGCCACGGCAGGCGGCGCCGCCGGGGCCUCGUCGUCGGGGCAGCAACACGAUGAUGAUGCGGAAGGCAGCCUCCUCCGGCAGAAAUCGACAUGGAAGAGAUUUCUAGCGCAUGCUGGACCUGGUUUUCUUAUUUCCUUGGCUUACCUUGACCCUAGCAAUGUGCAGACUGAUUUGCAGGCUGGAUCAAGUCACAGAUACGAGUUGUUAUGGGUUCUCUUCUUUGGGUUCAUUUUUGUAUUGAUCAUACAAUCAUUGGCAGCAAAAUUGGGCAUCAUUACAGGAAAGCAUCUUGCUGAGCUGUGUAUGCGUGAAUACCCAAAGUAUGUGAAGUAUGGCCUUUGGUUGCUCAUUGAGGUUGGUGUGAUUGCUGCCACAGUACCAGGAGUGUUAGGAACUGCUUUGGCAUACAAGAUAUUGCUCCACAUCCCUUUUUGGGCUGGUGUUCUAAUAUGUGGAGCAAGCACUUUCCUAAUCCUAGCUUUACAGAGUUGUGGGGUUCGGAAAAUGGAGUUCAUAGGAGUUAUUUUUAUUCUCAUCAUGGCCGCUUGCUUCUUUGUUGAAGUGAACAGUGCCAAUCCUCCUAUGGGUGAGGUAAUUCAGGGCUUGUUCAUCCCAAGAUUGAGAGGGGCUUACGCUACAUCAGACGCAAUUGCACUAUUUAGUGCCCUCAUUGUACCACAUAAUCUUUUCCUACAUUCAUCAUUGGUGCUAUCAAGAAAAAUACCAUCUUCUCCUAAAGGAGUCAAGGACACAUCUACAUUCUUCUUGAUUGAGAAUGCAUUUGCUUUGUUCCUUGUGCUACUUGUAAAUGUAGCCAUUGUGUCAAUCACGGGGACUAUAUGUGCUGAUAGUCAGAUGGUUGACGACAACUGUAGCGGUCUUACAUUGAAUUCCACAUCUGUAUUACUAAAGAAUAUCUUUGGGAAAUCAAGUUCAAAAAUCUAUGGCUUGGCGUUAUUAGCUUCAGGUCAAAGUUGCACAGUGGCUACCAGCUAUUCUGGACAAUACAUUAUGCAGGGUUUCUCCGGGAUGAGGAAAUUCAUCAUUUACAUCAUUGCUCCCUGUUUCACCAUCAUACCUAGUUUGAUAAUUUGCAGUAUUGGUGGUGCCGCUCAUGUUCGACAACUUAUCUACAUAUCUGCAAUCAUAUUAGCUUUUGUGCUGCCAUUUGCCCUGGUUCCUCUCCUCAAAUUCAGUAGCAGUUGUGCAAUGAUAGGACCAUACAAGAACUCGACUUGUAUUGUCCGAGUCGCAUGGAUCCUCUCCAUGGUAAUUAUGGGAGUUAAUAUUUAUUUCUUUUGCACAAGCUUCCUCAGUUGGCUUGUGCAUAGUGAACUUCCAAGGAUAGCGAACGCAGUAAUUAGCACCCUUGUCUUCCCUUUCAUGGCGGCAUAUAUCGCAGCUCUAAUCUACUUGGUUUUCAAAAAAGUUAGUGUUCCUGUCCCAUUCCCUUCCAUGCCAGUUUCCAGUGAGACUGAAGUAGCAGACGCACGGAGGCAAGAUGACAAGGUUGAUGAUAUCACUGUACAUUGAUGACAAGCAUGGUUAGAAGAUAGCAUAUAAAUCUAAUUCUUUUAUGAACAAAAUUCAGUUUGUUCAUACAGCAUAUAUUCAAGGAGGGCAUCAACCAAUGAAAGAUGUAUAUAGCUGUAUAUAUAGCUUGCUGACAGUUGUAGAUUUGUUGUCUAUUAAUAUUUAAGCACCUAAAAUGUGGAAUUUCUCUGUUCAUGGACGACUACGCGGGCAAUGCUUACGACUUAUCUGGAAUGUGAAACAAUUCUACGGACCACUAGAUCUAAAUUGUUUCUUGUACUUCAUUUGCUGCAUUUCGCAACAUGGAACAA